AUGGCAGAGUUAAUUCUCUCUCUUAAAGAUAAUCCUUAUUUUGGUGCCGGUUUUGGUUUGGUUGGCGUCGGCACUUUGUUAGCAGUACUUCGCCGUGGUUUGCAACAUUCUUUGAUAUUUUUCAGACGUAAUUAUAUGACAACAUUAGAAGUAACCAGCCGCGACAAAAGUUUUUAUUGGUUAUUGCAGUGGUUGAAUAGCCAGGGUCGUCGGACCCAGCACUUAAGUGUAAAUACUUCGUUUCAACAAUUGGGCCCUGGUAAAAUAGAAACACAUUUUUUUUUUGUGCCUGGCCCGGGAGUGCAUUACAUCAGAUACAGUAAAUCAUGGAUUCAAGUUGAAAGAAACAGGGAAAAACAGAUGACAGAUUUUCAGACUGGAGUGCCAUUUGAAUCAGUUAUAUUAACUACUUUUGGAAAAAAGCAAAAGUUGUUUGAAGAUAUUCUUCAUAAUGCCAGACAAUCUGCACUUUUAAUGCAGGAAGGAAAGACUAUCAUGUACACACCUGCAGCCUCUGAAUGGCGACCAUUUGGACACCCGAGAAAAAGACGUCCUUUAUCAUCUGUGGUUUUAGAUAAAAAACUGGCUGAAUAUAUAGAAUGCGACAUUAAAGAUUUUUUAAAAAAUCAAUCAUGGUAUACUGAAAGAGGGAUACCCUACAGAAGAGGUUAUUUGUUACAUGGACCACCUGGAUGUGGCAAAAGCAGUUUCAUUACCGCCUUAGCAGGUGAACUUGAAUUCGGAAUUUGUUUAUUGAAUCUCAACCAAACUGGCCUAUCUGAUGACAGAUUAAAUCAUUUGCUAAGUGUUGCGCCACAGCAAAGUAUUAUCUUGCUCGAAGAUGUUGAUGCUGCCUUUGCAAGCAGAGAUUUAACCAAAGAAAAUCCAGGUGUCUAUCAGGGGAUGGGCAAAUUAACCUUUAGUGGCUUGCUAAAUGCAUUAGAUGGUGUGGCUUCUUCAGAAGGUAGAAUCAUUUUCAUGACAACAAACUACCCAGAAAGAUUGGAUAAAGCAUUGGUGAGGCCAGGAAGGGUGGAUGUGAAACUGUUGAUAGAUUACUGUUCUGAUUAUCAACUACAACAGAUGUUUUUGAAGUUUUAUCCACACUGCAACAUUCAACAAGCUAACAUAUUUGUUCAAGAAAUUAGGCAGAAUGAAAUAGGAAAAUCUAUAAGUCCAGCUCAAGUCCAAGGACACUUUAUGUUGUAUAAGAGCAGCCCAAAACUAGCAAUUUCUAAUGUUAACAAAAUAAAUAUUUGA